CUCCUGAGAUGGUGACCUCAGGACUAAGACUCACUCAUUCGUUUUGAACCAACACAAUUUAUGAAAAUCACUGCAAUAUGAUACGAUCCGUGAUAAGAAAGCUUCCAAGACCUUCUUUAGCGAUAAAAACAGCUAUCCCCACAUUCAGGCCACUUGUAGUCUUGCCAAAGCAGCCCACCCCCUCUGCCUUACGAUGCGCAAGCACCAAUAUUCAACUGCGAGACUAUCAAGAAGAGUGCAUCCAGUCUGUCUUACAGUCUCUCAAAGAUGGAAACAAGAGACUGGGGAUCUCGCUGGCUACAGGCAGUGGCAAAACAGUAAUCUUCACUCAGUUGAUUGAGAGGAUCCUACCCGAGCAAGAGCUUGCCACGCAGACCCUGGUCCUCGCGCACCGAAGGGAGCUCGUGGAGCAAGCAGCACGACAUUGCACAAACGCCUAUUUGGACAGCUCUGUGGAGAUCGAAAUGGGCUCGGUGCACGCCUCUGGCACUGCGGACAUCACCGUUGCCAGCCUGCAAAGCAUAACCUCGGGCGACCGCCUAAGCAAGUUCGACCCGCGGCGCUUCAAGCUUAUCCUCGUUGACGAGGCACACCAUAUCGUUGCACCGGGCUACAUGCGUGUGCUCCGCCACUUCGGGCUCGAUACAAAACGUGUCGACUCACCGGCUCUGGUCGGCGUGUCCGCCACCUUUUCCCGGUUCGACGGGUUGAAGUUGGGGGCCGCCAUCGACCAGAUCGUCUACCAUAAGGACUACGUCGACAUGAUCGGCGACAAGUGGCUGUCUGACGUGGUCUUCACGACCGUAAAUUCGUCGGCCGAUAUAUCUAAGGUCAAGAACGGCGUCAACGGGGACUUUCGGCCAGGGGAUCUUUCCCGUGCCGUCAACACGCAUCAGGUCAAUGAGAUCACCGUUCGGAGCUGGCUGGCCAAGGCGUCGGACCGGAAGUCGACGCUUGUGUUUUGUGUCGACCUCGCACACGUCGGCGGGCUGACGCAGGCGUUCAGGAAGCACGGCUAUGAUGCCAGGUUCGUGACGGGUGACACGCCCAAAGUAGAGAGAAGCGAGAUCCUCGAAGCGUUCCGGAAGGGUGAGUUUCCCGUACUUGUCAACUGCGGGGUCUUCACCGAGGGUACCGACAUCCCCAACAUCGACUGCGUGGUCCUCGCACGGCCGACGCGAUCCAGGAACUUACUAGUCCAGAUGAUUGGGAGAGGGAUGAGGCUCCAUAAAGGAAAGUCCGAUUGCCACGUCAUCGACAUGGUAUCGAGCCUGGAGACCGGCAUCGUCACCACGCCGACGCUGUUCGGCCUCGACCCCCAUGAGCUCGUCGACAAGGCAUCGACGGCGGAUCUGAACGAGAUCAAAGACCGAAAAGAGGCGGAGCGUCUCCGGCAGCAGCACGCCUACUCCGACGCCCCGGAUCCUCAACCUGCCACCGCGUCCGCUUGUUCGGUUACUUUCACCGACUACGGCUCCGUUUUCGAUCUUAUCGAGGACACCUCAGGCGAGAAACACAUCCGGGCCAUCAGUCAGUACGCCUGGGUACAGGUCGGCGCUGAUAAAUACGUCCUCUGCGCCCCGAACGGAUCCUUCAUCCGUCUGUUCAAGAUGGAAGCGGACGCCACCAAAACCCAGGCUCAACAACCGAAACCUCCCCUCUGGGUCGCCGUCGAAGUCCGCGCACUGCCCGCAGGCGUCGCCAAAUCACCCUUUGCCGCGCCUCGCGAGCUCCUCAGGGCGACCACCUUCGCCGACGCCGUCCACGGCAGCGACAAGUACGCCUCCGAGACUUUCCCGCAUGUCUUCAUCCACCGGUACCAGCGGUGGCGGAAAGGCCCGCCCACGCCCGGCCAGCUCGAGUUCCUCAACAAGCUGCGCCUCAAGGAAGAGCCACUUACGGCCGAUGACGUAGACAAGGGGAAAGCGACGGACAUGAUUACCAAGAUCAAGCACGGGGCCAAGGGCCGGUUCGCGGGCAUCAUGACGGAGAAGAGAAAGGCUCAGCGACAGCAUCACAAGAUUGCCCAGUAUGAGGCGCGAGCGCGGCAGGAAAAGGUAUCUGUCGGCCCCCUUGCCUCGUAGAGAGCUGCCUCGUGUUUGACUCAUCCGCCUCGUUGAGUUUUCUUUCUCUAUGGGUUGUAAGAUUAGGUGUUGUCACGGCGUUGCAACUAUUUUGGGUAAAACUGGCUUGCCU